AUGGGCUCGGUCGACAAGGAUUCGCGCCACCCGCCCAUCAAUGUGUUGAUAACGGGCUUUGGACCCUUCAAAAAGGACUACCCGGUCAACCCCUCCUGGGAAAUCGCCCGCUCCCUCCCGGAGUGGCUGCCGCCGGUCCGGGCCAAGGACACCAGCGCACCGACCUCAGCGUCCCAACCACCGAUCCCCCCGGUCCGCCUACUCGUCCACCCGGAGCCGGUACGGGUGAAUUACGGCGUCGUGCGCCGGCUCGUCCCGCAACUCUGGAAUCCGGAGUCACACCACCGUGAUGAUCAGCAACAGCAUGAACAGCCUGAGCAGCAGCACGUUCUUUCUGAUAGCAGCAGCAGCACCAGUAGUCGGCCGCGCAUAGACUUGGCGAUCCACAUAGGAAUGGCCGGGCCGCGGCUGUUCUACUCGAUCGAGCGGCGCGGGCACAGGGAUGGGUAUGUGAUGCGCGACGUGGAUGGGCAGGUCCCUGGCCAUGGUAGUGCUGUUGGCGGUGGCGGUGACGGUGAUCACGAUGGAGAUGAGGCGGAGGGCGAGGUGGCCGAGGAGCUGCUGACUGAUUUGGAUGUCGAGGAUGUACUCCUCCGGUGGAAGGGGCAUAGUCCCAGACAUGUAGAUUUGAGAAUAUCAGAGGAUGCGGGCCAUUAUCUGUGCGAUUUCACCUAUUUCUCGAGCCUGGCGUAUCUGUACAGGAUGGGGAUGCGGCGUAGGGUGCUGUUUUUACACGUGCCUAGCGAUGCCUCAGAGCACAGUGUUGCGCUCGGGAGGGAGCUGGUGCUGCAGUUGGUGAGGUCCAUAGUGGAGAGUGAGUUGGCGAAGGGCGGGGGGUUCAAGGUGGAGGAGAAGGAAUGCUGA